AUGGAGAAAUCAGACAGAGAAACCGUUAAUCUAGUUCGCCAAGAAGAUACAGAAGGGGCUGAGAUGUCCAACACUGAUACAGAGUCUGGAGAUGAUAAUGCAAGUGAAGAGGAGAUUGACCCUCGGUAUUCGCUAACGGAAGUUCAGAUUAACGCUAUCGGAUUAAAUAAGGAUACUGUAAAUGGCAAGUAUCAUACAAUAGGGGACGUGUUCCGUUUGCUGGAUGUGGACGGUAGCGGCUACCUCGACAGCCAGGAACUGGAGACGGCACUGAAACACAUGGGAGUUGAUAUAACGAAGGAGGAAGUGGACGAAUUGGUGAAGAAGAUCGACCAAGACGGUAAUGGGACCGUGGAUAUGUUCGAAUUCUCCCAAAUGGUGGCGCAGAAGAUGCAGGUAUACGAUCCUGAGAAGGAGCUGCGAGACGCAUUUGCUGUGUUUGAUAAGAACGGGGAUGGGAAAGUCAGCGUGGAGGAAAUAAGAGAGGUGGUGGAAUCCCUUGGAGGCAAGAUGACUAACGCCGAGGUGGAAAGCAUGUUGGUGGAUGUGGACGAAAACCAUGACGGUUACAUUGACUACGAUGAAUUUGUGCAUAUUUGGAUGGGAAAUGAAAAGCCAGAAUCUGAAAGAACGACAAUAGAGUCUCAGCAAGAUGAAUGUGUACGAGAGGUAGUUGAUGGAAAUUGA